UCACAGAUGGAGGCGUGGGAGAUCGCCCAUACACGAAAGAAGCCCAAGCCUGGCGAGGCCAAGUACUACGGCAAGACCGCGGAGUAUAAGAAGGCCUACUCUGAGGGGUAUCUGAGUUUACAUCCUGACACACCUGACCCCAUUGCGGCGGAUCUGGACGAGAGGGUGGUGGUGAGCAUGGGGAAGAAGCACGGUCGGUCGCCGUUUCUGGAUGCUGUGAUCACUCCUUCUAUCUCCUACACACAGCUCCGAGCUACCAACCCGAGCCUGUGCCAGCGCACGAGCACGUCCAUGACCAGUGCGCAGUCACAGUCCCUCAUUGCUGAGCGGAACUCUGCCUACUUGGAGUACACACGUCAGGAGACCAUGACGUGGCACGAGAGCCUUCAUGCAUACCAUCAGCAGAGGGAUCGCACGUUGCAACACUUCCUUGAGGAAAUGGCGGCCGGCAGGGUUCCUCAAUUGCAACCAGCACCAUCUCCUCCACCACAACCAGUGCUUCUUACUUUUGAGGAGUUUCUGACACAGAACCCUGGCCCCUCGCCGGGAACUGGUGGAUCUACCGUUGGUGGUGGUGCUGGUCUUGGCAUCACUCCCGAGUCACGGAGCCCGGUCACUCCUAUCCACGGAGGCGGCGGCGGUCUUGGCUGUAGCGCUGCCGCUAGCAAGGAUGACCUAGGCUUCAGCGGACUUGGCGGUGAUGACCUUGGCGGUGGUGGUGGAUGUCCUAGCGCUUAA